AUGGAGAUGGAAAAUAUAAAUGCUUACACUUGUCAAGUAACUGUUAAUACUCAUUAUAUUAAUAGUGAUGGUAUAGAUAAAGGAUGGAUAAGUAAAUAUGUAGAUUUAUCAGAGGGAGGAAUGGAGUUUAAAGAGUCAGCUGAGGAUACGAUCAGACGUGGUCUUUUAUAUCUCCAUGAUAUCGUGUAUUGUGAACAAGCCGAUGAACCAGGUGCUCAACCCUACAACCUCAGAAUUAAAACAAGAGGAAAGGCUACCUACACUUUUGAAUUACCUUCUCAAGAAAUGUUCAAUUCAUGGACAGCAUUGAUUGAACGUCAUAAAGGAGUAAUGAGAGAAGAGGAUAUUAAUCCACCUCCACCACACAAAGCAGUCAAGGAGAAAGUGACAUUUUAUAAAUGGUGGUGUGACAGUUGGAACUAUUGUGAACGUCAAAACAACUAUAUGGUCAUUGCUACCAUUGUCUAUAUCAUCUUAUGGGCUGUAUUACUCACUUUGUUAUGGAUACUAUUUGUACAACCAAUGAAGAAUAUUACUCAAGUUAAAACACAAUGUUAUGUUUUAUCUCACGAUUACGAAUAUCUUUACAAGAGAACUUAUAAUUUAAUUAUGGAUGUACGUUAUACAUUGGAAAAUGGAACAGUGAUGCGAAAUGAAAUGGUUCAAUAUUGUGCUGGCUCGGAUUGUCCAGAUGACAUGGAAGAUAAAUAUCCAUUGAAUGAAUACACUACCUGUUACUAUGACAAGGAUGACAUUGAUUUUGUAUUCUUUGAUCUAGGUGCGUUCCUCAAAAAGAAAUAUUCUAUUGUUGGUGGUGUUUGUGGUGGUCUAUUAGCUCCAUGGUUAAUCUUUGUAGUAGUCUAUCUUUUUGUCAAGGGUAAAGAUAUGGUAAAAGUAUUAAAGAAUGGAUGUUUCUAA